CCCCACCAUCAACCCGCCGCCGUCACCGCCACCAUAACCACCACCACCGCGAUCGCAUAUCUCAAAUCCUACAACCAUGGCACCCCGAACCUCUGCCGUACCCUCUGGCGGCAAGACCGGCGGCAAGAAGCACGGAAAUCUCGCGCCCGAGCGCGAACGGUUUAUGCAAGCAUGCGCAGACAUCGCACACCAACUGAUCCAAGACCAUGAAGAGAACGACGGAUCAAAGGUCACGAACCUGAACUCGCUGCGAGGCCAGGUCUCGAAAAAACACAAGCUGAGCACUAUACCACCGCUCACAGCGAUCAUGGCGGCGAUCCCGGAACAUUAUAAGAAGUACAUCAACUGGAAGCUUAUUCAGAAGCCGGUGCGGACGAGCUCGGGGAUUGCGGUCGUUGCGGUCAUGUGUAAACCCCAUCGGUGCCCACAUAUUGCCUAUACUGGAAAUAUCUGUGUAUACUGCCCCGGAGGUCCCGAUUCGGACUUUGAGUACAGUACCCAAUCAUACACCGGAUACGAGCCCACAUCGAUGAGAGCAAUUCGAGCCCGCUACGAUCCGUUCGAGCAAGCACGAGGCAGAGUGGACCAGCUGCGACAGCUCGGCCAUAGUGUAGACAAGGUGGAAUACAUCAUCAUGGGUGGAACGUUCAUGUCAUUGCCAGAGAGCUACAGGGACUGGUUCAUUGCCAGUCUGCACAAUGCAUUGUCCGGCUACACUGCUGAAAACGUGGACGAGGCCGUCGAAUUGGCCGAGCAAUCGCAGACGAAGUGUGUCGGCAUCACCAUCGAGACACGGCCCGACUAUUGUCUGGACCAACAUCUCAGCUCCAUGUUGCGGUAUGGCUGCACACGACUCGAGAUCGGUGUGCAGAGUCUCUACGAGGACGUAGCACGGGAUACCAAUCGAGGCCACACUGUUAAGGCAGUAUGUGAAAGCUUCCGUCUGGCGAAGGACGCAGGCUACAAAGUUGUAUCGCACAUGAUGCCGGAUCUUCCCAACGUUGGCAUGGAGCGAGACUUGGACCAGUUCAAAGAGUACUUCGAAAACCCCGACUUCCGCACUGACGGUCUCAAGAUCUACCCUACCCUCGUCAUCCGCGGCACAGGUCUCUACGAGCUCUGGCGCACCGGCCGCUACAAGAACUACACCCCCAACGCCCUGAUCGACCUCGUGGCCCGCAUCCUUGCGCUGAUCCCUCCCUGGACGCGAAUCUACCGUGUCCAGCGCGACAUCCCGAUGCCGCUCGUCACCGCCGGUGUCGAAAACGGCAACCUCCGCGAGCUGGCCUUGAGCAGAAUGAAAGACUUCGGGACAACUUGUCGCGACGUGCGCACGCGCGAAGUCGGCAUCCAGGAGGUCAAAAACAAAGUCCGACCAGACCAGGUUGAGUUCCUGCGGAGGGACUAUGCUGCCAAUGGUGGUUGGGAGACGUUUCUCAGCUAUGAAGACCCUAAGCAGGAUAUUUUGAUCGGCUUGCUGCGGCUGAGGAAGUGCUCGGAUCGGACAUUCAGGAAGGAACUCACUGGGCAACCGACGAGCUUGGUAAGAGAGCUUCAUGUGUAUGGAUCUGCUGUCCCGGUUCAUUCGAGGAAUCCGCGGAAGUAUCAACACCAGGGAUAUGGAACGCUCUUGAUGGAAGCGGCAGAGAGGAUUGCGAAAUAUGAGCACAGAAGCAAGAAGAUCUCAGUUAUAUCUGGAGUCGGUGUGAGAAAUUAUUACGCAAAGCUUGGGUAUUGGCUUGACGGUCCGUACAUGAGUAAGUGGCUAGACAGCGAUGAUGAUGAUGAGUCCUCGGACGAAGAAUGAAACACUCCAAAAGGUUCUUGAUGGGGAGGGGCGUGAGGCGUUGGUCUAUUUUUCUUCUUUGCUUAGAUGUUACGAGAUACGGUCUUUAGAUGUCGUGUAAAAGCAUAGAGUCUGAUUUCUAUCAGGGGUC